AUGGAGAAGCUAGAGACGGAGCUGAAAGCAGCGCAAAUGGAGGCUGUCAAGUAUCACAACCAGCUCGUGGAAGUUCAGUUGGCCAAGGAAAAGCAGGACAUGCUCGUGGAGAAGCAGACAGCACGUCUGGAGAAGCUGGAGAAGGUGAAAAUGACGACAGAUAUCCUGGAUAUGUUCCGUAAGUUGAAAGCGGAUAGAGAAGAACUGCAGAGGAAGGUGCAGAUGCUGCAAAAGCAGUUGACUCAAGCACAACAGACACCUGAGACUGAAGAACAGCAUGUGGUGGAGCAUAAGGACGAGGAUUUGACGUUGUUAAGGAACCAAGUUGAAGAGCUGAAGGAGGCGUUGUGUGUCGAGAAGAACCAUGUGACAGAACUCAAGGCGGAGAUGCGAGCAGCUCUUCAAGACGAGCGUGAGAAGGUUGAGCAUGAGAUCCAGGAGAUGCAGGAACUGGUUAAGGAGAAGAUGGA